CAUUUUAGUGAGAGAGUCCAGGGCAGAAGGGAAAAGCCAGCGGUCUCCUGAGGGAAGCCUUCCCACCUGCUGCGGGCGAAGCGCUGGGAGGGGCGGCAGGCAGCCGCGCGCCCGCCCCGCCUCUCCCGCCGCGCGGCCCCGCGCCAGGGGUUCCCGUGAGUGACCCCGCGCCCAGGACGCGCAGGGGGCUGUUCGGGUGGGGGCGGGGGAGCCGCCGGGGCACCAAAAUAGGAGCCGCUUGUGGUCUGGAGCUGCACUGGCAGGCAGCCUCCGUCGCGCCUCUACCAAAGAUGGUCAGAGGGUCCGGAGGCGCCCCCACCCCCGCUCGCUGGUAGCCUUGCGGGCCAGCACCGCGUUCCAAAGCAGCCACCAGAGCCAUGGCUCUCAAAGGACAAGAAGAUUACAUUUAUCUCUUCAAGGAUUCCGCACAUCCUGUGGACCUUCUGGAUGCCUUCAGAACAUUUUACCUGGAUGGAUUAUUUACUGAUAUCACCCUUCAGUGUCCUUCGGGCAUCAUCUUCCAUUGUCACCGAGCUGUGUUAGCUGCUUGCAGCAAUUAUUUCAAGGCCAUGUUCACGGCGGACAUGAAGGAAAAAUUUAAAAACAAAAUCAAACUCUCUGGUAUCCACCAUGAUAUUCUGGAAGGCCUUGUCAAUUAUGCAUAUACAUCCCAGAUUGAAAUAACGAAAAGAAAUGUCCAAAGCCUGCUGCAGGCAGCAGAUCUGUUGCAGUUCCUCUCCGUGAAGAAGGCUUGCGAGCAGUUCUUGGUAAGACACCUGGAUAUUGACAAUUGUAUUGGAAUGCACUCCUUUGCGGAGUUUCACAUGUGUCCAGAACUAGAGAAGGAAUCUCGGAGAAUUCUGUGCUCAAGGUUUAAGGAAGUGUGGCAACAAGAAGAAUUUCUAGAAAUCAGCCUUGAGAAGUUCCUCUUUAUCUUAUCGAGGAAGAAUCUAAGUGUUUGGAAAGAAGAAGCUAUCAUAGAGCCAGUGAUUAAGUGGACUGCCCAUGAUGUGGAAAAGCGAAUUGAAUGCUUGUAUAAUCUGCUGAGCUAUAUCAACAUUGACAUUGAUCCAGUGUAUUUAAAAACAGCAUUAGGCCUUCAAAGAAACUGCUUGCUAACAGAAAAUAAAAUCCGCUCUCUAAUAUACAAUGCUUUGAAUCCUAUGCAUAAGGAGAUUUCCCAGAGGUCCACAGCCACAAUGUAUAUCAUUGGAGGCUACUACUGGCAUCCUUUGUCAGAAGUCCACAUAUGGGAUCCUUUGACAAAUGUUUGGAUUCAGGGAGCAGAAAUACCAGAUUAUACCAGAGAGAGUUAUGGGGUUACAUGUGUAGGACCCAACAUUUAUGUCACUGGGGGCUAUAGGACGGAUAACAUAGAAGCUCUUGACACAGUGUGGAUCUAUAACAGUGAAAGCGACGAUUGGACAGAGGGUUUGCCAAUGCUCAAUGCUAGGUAUUACCACUGUGCAGUCACCUUGGGUGGCUGUGUCUAUGCCUUAGGGGGUUACAGAAAAGGAGCGCCAGCAGAAGAGGCCGAGUUCUAUGACCCUUUAAAGGAGAAAUGGAUCCCUAUUGCCAACAUGAUUAAAGGUGUGGGAAAUGCUACUGCCUGUGUCUUACAUGAAGUUAUCUAUGUCAUUGGCGGUCACUGCGGCUACAGAGGAAGCUGCACCUAUGACAAGGUCCAGAGCUACAAUUCCGAUAUCAAUGAAUGGAGCCUCAUCACCUCCAGUCCACAUCCAGAAUAUGGAUUGUGCUCAGUUCCAUUUGAAAGCAAGCUGUAUCUAGUCGGUGGACAAACUACAAUCACAGAGUGCUACGACCCUGAACAAAACAAGUGGAGAGAAAUUGCUCCCAUGAUGGAAAGAAGGAUGGAGUGUGGUGCUGUCAUCAUGAACGGAUGCAUUUAUGUCACUGGAGGAUAUUCCUACUCCAAGGGAACAUAUCUUCAGAGUAUUGAGAAAUAUGAUCCAGAGCUGAACAAGUGGGAAAUUGUGGGUAACCUUCCCAGUGCCAUGCGGUCUCAUGGAUGUGUUUGUGUGUAUAAUGUCUGAUGGUGUCUACAGAAAUGACCAAGUAAUCACUGUUUUUGGGUGAGUGAAAAGAAAAAUCAGGGAGGAAUACAAGGUAUGGAAUCCCCUACUGAUGGUGGUCUGACAAUGUCAGGACCUAGAUAAAUGAUAAUUGCGAACCCUACCGUGCUCCCAAAUACAGUGAUAAAUAGUUAAGAAGAACCAUCUGCAUAUAUACAGUUGAAUUAGUGGAGGAGUUAACUCCCAUAGUUUUUGCUUUCCAAAGGUCAUCGGGGAUGUUUAACUUGGGUACAAGGUGAAAGAACCUUUGUAGGGCAUCUUUUCUUCCUGGUAGCGUCAACACUGGGUGUAGGUCAAAAUCAUUCUUUGUAAUGAGAUGUCUCUUCAGAGCCUGUAAUGUAAUGGAUAGUGUAUAUUAAGUUCCAUGUAUCCAACAAGAAUUUGAAAUUUAAAGAGAGAAUCUUCUCUACCUCUACAAAACCUACAUUGAAAAUGUUUUUCACCUUUAUUUCACAAUAUUUGGAAUGUGAAAUUAUUUUAAAUAUGCUUCUUUUACCUUUGUACCAUAUCUAAUUUAUUGUUUUUCUUUAUUUACUGACUACCAGAGAUAGACAAAAUAGUAUGUGAAAUAUUAUUACUGUUCAAAAAGUUUACAAACUAGAUUUGAAAGACCAAGUCUGCUAAAUUGCAGAGAAAAUACUCGAACAUUUGCCAGUGGUAUGGGCUAUUUGUAUUUUUUUGCUUUGGUGCACAUUGCUUGUGUAGGUCUUUAAGCAUAACAGAAAAUUUAGGCUUAUAUGUAAAUAUGUGUCUGCAUCUAAAGUUGAGUUUCUGAACCAGAAAGCAUGUAGAUCAGUUGUGCGAUAGUAGAAAAUAAACUGACAAAAAGAAAUUUACAUUAAUUUUCUAGCUCUGCUACUAGCUAGCUUUGUGGCUUGAGUUGCUUAACCUUUCCUUGAUUAGACCUGCCAACCCUGGCACCGUGGGUCAUAGUUGUGCCUAGGUACAGAUCCCUCCUCUCCUGCAGCCAGGGGUGGCUUGAGUGGCAUCUGCCUCUGGUUCAGAAACCCCUUUGUCCAUUUCCUCCAGUGUGCCUACAGGAUAGCUUUCCACAGGUGCCAUAACAUGGGAAACGUUGGGAAGCAUUGCUUUAGUUAACUCACCUCGACUUUUAGUUAUCUAGAUGACAUCUAUUCUACCCUCUUCAUUUUUUGAAAAAGAAGUAAUAUUUUUAACUUUAAAUUCUCAAAUUUAAGACUACCUAAUACUUUGACUUAAUAAACUUUUAGAAAACUGUUUAGUGCAUUAAUUCCAGGUAGCAUUUUUGCUUUAAAGAUUUAUUUUAUUUUUAUUGGAAAAUCAGAGCUAAAGAGAGAAGAGACAGAGAGGCAAGAUCUUCCAUCCGCUGGUUCACUCCCCAAGUGGCCACAGUGGCUGGAGCUGAGCCAAUCUAAAGGCAGGAGCCAGGAGUUUCUUCCGGGUCUCCCACACGGGUGCAGGGUUCCAAACUUUGGUCUAUCCUCAACUGCUUUUCCAGGCCACAAGCAGGGAGCUGAAUGGGAAAUGGAGCAGCCGGGAUUAGAACCAGCGCCUAUAUGGGAUCUUGGUGAAUAUAAGGUGAGGACUUUAGCUGCUUAGGCUACCAUGUCAAACCCUCCAGGUAGCAUUUUAAAUACAACUCUUUGAUGUUACAAUAUGGUAGGACAGAGUAAGGGUCAUAAAAAUUACUCUUUCCUUUGCUCCCUAAAUUAUUUUGACCUGAAGGAUAAUACACAAAAAAGUAAAUGCACGAAGGUGUUUAUAUCUAUCCUAGUUAUAAAUACCAAGAAGUUGGAAAUAGUUACAUGUCACAGAAUAAAGUGGGCUAAUAAAAUAGGGAAGUGUUACAGUGCCACUAAAGUAAUUAUUUGGAAGUUUGUAGACACAUGGAUGAUUCCAGGCUAUGGUAAGUAAAAUGAGCUCAUUACAAAAUGGUAUGCACACUAUGGUUGUAACUCUGUAAAGUAUGCAUGUGGGAGGCAGUGUGCAAAAGAAAUCUAUUGUGUUAGUAUAGAGGGGCUAUGGAAUGAUGCUGAAUUUAUUUAAUCUUUCUUUAAUAUUUCUUUGUACUUUCAAAAAAUAAACAAAUUACUAUAUACAUGGUAAGUCUGCUUGAAUGUAGGCCAAUUGGGUUGACAGUCUGAAUUAGUGAAACAACUGAUAGAGACUAUUUCAAACUAUAAUUGAAUUACAGCAUCUCUUUUUUACUCUCAAGGCGAUUCAGUUAUUAAUAGUGGAUUAAUAAUGUAUUGCCCAGUAGCAC